AUGCCGAUCUGGGGUCUUAAGACUGUUGCUCAAGUCAUCGCUACUGGCUUUGAAGGUCCUCAGCACUGCGAUGAGCCAUGGAACUACACGUUCGCACCUGGCCAGCAGGUGUUGGUUCACAUCCGUGGCGAGGGCCGGAAUUCCGUUUGGCUCCCAGCCCGUGUCAUCAAGCCUACACGAUUCAAGCAAUACCCCACCACGACUCUGCAGUACUGGAGGGUCGAAUAUCUUGACAAUGGCGUUCGCCGAGCGGGCGAAUUUUCUCCGCAGGACGGAGACGUAAAGCCCGAUUGUCCAUACGUCCGCGAACUCAUCGCCGAGGAGCUAAUGUGGCCAAUCGAUGACCCAUCCCGCUCCAUCCCGUCCAUGCCUGUUUCGGCUGGUCGCAGCCGUGUUGCAUGUUAA